AUGCCGAGCGGCGGUGGCGGCGGUGGUGGCUGCCAAAGAGGGGGCUGCAACCAGGCGCCUCCUCCCCCUCCUCCUCCUCCUCCUCCCCCUCCCCCUCCCCCACCACCCCCACAUUACCCACCCAGGGGAGGCGGCUGUCCAACUGGAGGCUGUUACCAGCCUGCCCCACAGCCAGUGCGCUACCAGCCUUCCAGCUCAAAACAGAUGGCCAACCCAACAAAGGUGGUGGUGGUGGUUAUACCAAGCAGUGGUGGCAGUGGCAGUGGCGGCAGCCGUGGUGGUUGCCCGACAGGAGGCUGCUACCAGAUGCCAUCUCCACCUCCACGCCCACCCAGUGGGGGUGGAUGUCCAAUGGGAGGCUGUUACCACCCUGCACCACAGCCAGCACAGUACCAUCCCUCCGGCUGUGGUGGUGGUGGUUGCAAUGCUCAGCCCCAGAUGUGCUCCACCUGUGGUGGUGGUGGGGGCGGAGGAGGGCAUUCAUACAGCCAGGCCUCCAGUCAAGCGUCCAGCUACAGCUCCGGCUGGUAA